AAGGGACCAUGAGCUGUCAUCCCACUCGAGCGACUGCUCGAAAAGUUCAGUUCAAAGACCCGAACUGUGAUGAUGAUCCCACUGCUCCCCAGGCUGAGCCCAGAGAUGACAAUACCAACUCAUCCCUCGCUGGAAAGAUUCACUUUGAAGACUCGGUGUGUGACAAUCCCAAACUGCCCUUUUCAAAAGUUGAGCCUACAAAUUGUGAAAUUGAUCCUAAUUCAUCCCUUGUUCAGAAGGAUCAGAUUGAAGACUCAAUAUGUAAGGAUUUUAACCAAUCUUUUGCGCCCAAGGUUGAAUCUAAGGACAUAAUGUGUGACGAUGUUGAUUUAGCCCAUGCUCAGAAGGUUCAGUGUGAUGAAGUGCGGGAUGAUUUCAAUCCAGCUUUUGUUGCAAAACCAUGUGAUGACAGUGUGUGUGAUGAUGUCCGUUUAUCCUUUGCUCCAAAGGGUGAGUGUAAGAACUCAGUCCGUGAUGAUCGCAGUCAAUCUCUAGCUCCAGAAAUUGAACAUAAAAAGGAAACGAGUGAAAGUAGUCCUAUUCCAGCCACUGCUGCAAAAGCAGAGGAUAUGGAGAAGCCGUGGUCUCCCUGCGCGAAUCCUGGUAACCCUGUCUUUUCUUGCAUGGCGAAAUUCCCGACGGCGGCAUAUUCCCCCGUUCCGUUCGUUAAACCUCAAAAUCCACUCUUCAGAACCACCAGUGCAUCAUAUGGGUCCAACCAACCGACAUGUGAAAUUGCACCUUCAGUCUACAAACCACUAACGCAGUCCUUCUCUGCAGUGCUUCAAACUGGCGGGAUGUACCGUAACCGUUCCCUAAAUACUGGGUCGGACAAAAGGAGAGUGCACGAUUUACUCCCCCUUUGACUUCAAGAGACUGGGAGCAAGCCGUCGUGGUUCGAGAGUGCAUGUGGCAUGCUUGAUAAAGCAGCAUUCGGAAGAACAUAGACAGACCCAACAAAUGUCAAGAACGAGCAAUCAAAUGUUUUCUUUCACGUAAAAUCUUACAAACUCCUACACCGGAUAGUGCUGUUGCACCUUGUAUUUGUUUAGCAUGCAAAGUCUGCUGGCUCUUACAGAUGCAUUUCAAAAGCCUCCCAGCACAAUACCACUUCCCCAUCUCACCAUUUCCUUUCUCAGCAGCAACUUGUAAAAACAAUGGUUCCGUCCCCACCCCCAAACCCACUCUUACAUUUCUGUCCCUAUGUUUGUAAUUUAGAUAAAAUAGUUCCAUGUCUCAUUCUCUUACUCUUUGUCAGUAAUUUGUUUAGGCUCAAUUUCUAAUCUGUGACCUGAAAUACCAAUCUGAUUUAUCUUGUUUAACUUUAAAAUACCUCCAAAUUUCAACAAUUUAAAGACUAGUGCUACUUCAACAAUUAAUACUGUCCAGAACCAUCCUAUAAUUUUAAAGACCACCCAUUUUGGCAGCCCUGCUCUCGCUGACUAAGUAAUGUAUUAAGAUUAUUGCAUAUAUUAUGUAGCUCCUGAAUAUGACACACUUGCUUCUGGUCCCAAAUUGUUCAUAACUUCCCUAAUUUAAACAGCAUGUAAUUCAAUUACUGUGAGUGAAGCUAUUGGGAUUUGGUGUGUCAAUAAAAUCCAGUUUAAAUUAAAUUACAAUUAAGUGUUUGUUUAUCCCACAAUGCUAAAAGUACAGUCUAAAUCCAGGCUCAGAUUGACCAACUAUUUUGCUUUGCACCCACACCUCCCCAUUCAUCUCCGUUCAACGCCCCAAAUGAUCCUUCCACAUCCGACAGAGAUUUAUCUGUA